GUCUGAAAUCUCUCUCUCUCUCUCUCUCUCUCUCUCUCUCUCUCAUUAUAUAUUUAUAUAUGUAAUUGUGUAUCCAUUGAGUUUUUGUUCAUCACAAAAAAGGGUCCAAUGGCUGCUGCUUCUUCUACAAUGACCAGCCAGCUGAAGAGCAGCUUUACUGCUUCUUCCAUAACAAGACUUGUUACUCCCAAGGGUUUAUCUGGAGCUGCAUUCAGAGUCUUACCUUCCAAGAGAAGAUCUUCAUUCACUGUCAAAGCUAUCCAGGCAGACAAGCCAACUUAUCAAGUCAUCCAGCCCAUCAAUGGUGACCCAUUCAUCGGAAGCCUCGAGACUCCGGUGACAUCGAGCCCAUUGAUCGCCUGGUACCUCUCCAACCUCCCCGGCUACCGGACGGCGGUCAACCCACUUCUCCGGGGCAUUGAGGUGGGCCUGGCCCAUGGGUUCCUCCUGGUGGGCCCAUUCGUGAAGACAGGCCCAUUGAGGAACACACCCUAUGCAGGUGGCGCUGGAUCACUAGCAGCAGGAGGGCUAGUUGUGAUCCUGAGCAUUUGCUUGACCAUAUAUGGGAUUGCAUCAUUCAAGGAAGGCGAGCCAUCGACGGCCCCUGGGCUGACCCUGACCGGGAGGAAGAAGGAGCCCGACCAGUUGCAGACCGCUGAUGGUUGGGCCAAGUUCACUGGUGGGUUCUUCUUUGGUGGCAUCUCUGGUGUUAUUUGGGCCUAUUUUCUUCUCUAUGUUCUUGACCUUCCUUACUUCGUUAAGUAGAUUAACAUUUGUUCUCUCUCUCUCUCAUUUGUGUUUGUACUUGGUGGAAUCCAUGUUGAACAUGAAAGUUGUAUAUUAAAGGAGUGAUUAAUCACUUUCAAGGAUGGUUAUGGUGUGUGAUUUUCUUUAUAUUAAUUACUCCAUAUUUUAGUCA